ACAAUAUUUAUGCUGAUUAUGGGAACUCAGGAAAGCCAACGGGCUUACAUCCAAUAACCUAAUCGGAUAUAUGUCAAAUGAAAAAGAACCCGCAAAUAUUGGUGACGAGCAUGGCCUUAUCACUACAAAAGCCAGGAGGAGGAUCCAAAGAAGGGAUUCAAGAACACCCUUGCCCAUGAUGUCCUCCAUCCAAGAUGUGUUCCCCGCGUGGCAGACUGGGGCAGUCGUCUUCGGUCUGCUAGGCGUUGCGACUAUAUACUCCUACCGUUCUAGCUCUCGUUCACUGCCAUUACCUCCUGGUCCUCCAGAGCCACCUCUUGGGCAUUAUCCACCCAGGAAGAUUUCUCAAUGGAUAGACGAAUAUGGUCCAGUCAUCUCUCUCAGCCAGGGCAAAAAUGUACUAGUCAUCAUCGGACGUCACCAGGAAGCAAUCGAUAUAAUGGAGAAGCAGGGCGCGUCCCUCGCAGACCGUCCUCGUUCAGUCGCUGGCUGUGACAUCCUUGGCAGAGGAAUGCGAUUCGUCCAAAUUGGCGCUGGCGAAAGGCUCCGCAAAUUCCGCAAAUCUUCGCAUUCGCACCUUCAAGUGAAGUCUGCUCAGACUUACGAGCCAGUACAGGUCGCGCAUGCACGCGAUAUUGUUUUGGACAUACUACACGACCCAAAAUUACACCAGCAGCAUAUCAAGCGUUUCGCGGCAUCUGUCAUUCUGCAUGUCGUCUAUGGGAAGACAACCCCUACAUUACUUAGUGACCCGUAUCUACUGCAGCUGCAAAAAAUGAUCCCAAGGGUUCAGAGCGCGAUGAUGCCAGGUGCAUACCUCGUCGACAAGUACCCCAUCCUCAAAUAUAUCCCUGGUUAUGGGCGGAAUUUGAAGCAGUGGAGCCAAGAAGAAUAUGAGAUGUUAUUCGGCCAGCUGAAUUGGGUUAAGAGUCAAGUGUCAUUGCAUCGACCUUGCCAUGACCCAAACAGGCAAAGCUAUAUUGCUCCUCAUUCAGUCGCAAAGGACCUCCUCCUACACACCGAUGACAACCAACUAUCUGAGACAGAGAUAGCAUAUCUCUCCGGGUCCCUCAUCGGAGCAGGCUCUGAUACGACUGCUGUCGCAAUUUCGACGGUCUUAAUGGCUGCUGCGCGUUUUCCACACGCACAGGCUCGCGUACAUGAGGAGCUAGAAGCCGUCAUUGACCGAGAGACCCCUCCUACUUUUGAGGACUGGUCGCAGCUCGUUCAGCUUCAAGCCUUCAUUCUGGAAGCUCUUCGAUGGAGGCCGGUCAACCCAAUAGGUUUACCCCACCGCGCAACGAAGGAUAUCAUUUGGAAUGGCAUAUGCAUUCCUGCUGGGGCCACUGUUUUCGGAAACCAUUGGAGCAUCGGGCGUGACCCCACUGUCUACCAUGAUCCCGAAGUAUUUAACCCUCAACGAUGGAUCGGUACAGACGGGGAAAUAAAAGAGGACAUGAAGUUGUUCACUUUUGGUUUCGGAAGACGUGCGUGCCCGGGGCUGCAUAUUGCCAACCGAUCAGUGUAUAUCGCUGUUGCUCUUGUGCUCUGGUCCUUCACACUGGCAGAAGACCCAAGUAACCCUAUUGACGACACUGCUUUUACCCCUGGCGUAGUAUCACACCAGAAGCCUUUCGGCCUGACCUUCAAGCCCCGCAUGGAUGAAGCAUUAUUGAGAACUAUUUUCUAUUCAACAGGGGUGUAGUAGCAUUCAGCUUUCUGUAGCCGCCGGAGGUACAGUAAUUUCGGUGAAUUGUAAAAUCCAUAAUCGAUUCUUUUCAUUCAUGUAGUAUCACCUUUUCUGGUAUGCAUCAUAAUACGCCGCGAAUGUAGAUAGCCAGAAUAUGAAGUUGCGGUUGUGCCUUGAUGUUGUGUGGAACAGCUUCGUGAGAGAUGCCGAUUAUUCCCUUGAGUGCAGGUCUGGAGUGGGUGGGGUUGGUGGCUGCGUAGAUGGUAUCCCUGGCCAUAUAGCAGCCAUCAACUAAUUACGACUGAUUUGUAUUGGCCAACCUUCUGCAGACCACUAGUACCUUCAACUAAAUAGAGACUCUAGAUCUGCCAGAAAGAUAAGAUACGGACCACGAGGUACAAACCCAAAAGACGGGCUUACGAAACGAAGAACGGAGCGUUCGGAGUCUAGUCUUCUUGACCUAAUAAAGACAUAUGACAAUUGAUAAGUACUCUCUAAGCUCAAGCGUGCU